CAACAGCAGAAAAUAUUCCUAGGAAGUUCUUGACUAAAAAGAGGUUAAAGCAUGGUGGUGAUCAAAAUGAUUCUGCUUGUUGAUAUCCUCCUCCUAAAUCUCCCAGUUCACACCUGUAACGGUGACCUCUUUGUGACGUCAGACUUUACUCGUCAGCCUCGUUUAGAUGAUGUAUAUUUGCCCACAAUCCACUUGCGAAGUGCAUAUAAAACGGCUAGUUUACUUAUAUGCAUUAUAGACUGUAAAAGCUACCCUGGAUGUCUGUCAGUACGUUAUCACGUGGUCAGAGAGGAGUGUCAUUUGCUUGAUGCUUGUCUGAUGUGCAAUAUCGGGGAGAUGGAUAUAGGAUGGAGGCAUUUCUGUAAAGAUCCAGCACCUGUCAUCAUACCAGAUACAGGUAACGGACACAUUGCUUUCCAAGCUUCGUCUGAUGACAGGAUUCCAGCACGCGGAGAAGUCCUCAUUUUUGACAAAAUCCUAGCCAACCUCGGUCAUGGUUACAACUCUACCUCUGGGAUCUUCAGCGCUCCCAGGGAGGGUUUCUUCAUAUUUUCCUGGAGUCAGCAAAGCAGGAGAAUCAACACAUACACAAAAGCUUGGCUUUUCGUUGAGGGUCAACAAAAGGGCAAAUUGCAUGACAAAGGUGGAAAUGUGGUGACCAAUUUUGCCAUGGUUCAUCUUAAGAUGCGAGAUCAGGUGUAUGUUUGUAGCUAUUACAAGAAUAGUUAUGUCGACACUCUGUCCCAGUUUUCUGGAUGGAUAUACGAAAAACCGACAGACUCUUGUGACAUUAACUUCCAUGGUACUGCAGUGAAUAGAAAUAAUGAAACCAUUGUCUACAAAUCACACACGCCACCUGAUGAAAUACAUUCUAGGCUGACUUCCGGUUCUAACGGCACAGUUGUGAUAAUGUCACUCACUACCGUCAACAGGGGACUUUUUUCUAAUUUGCGGUACGUCAUAGAUGGUGUUGACGUCAUGACAAGUGUAAUUGACGGCUGGAGAUCACGUGACGUCGCUGUUACUUUGAUUGCAGUUCAACACAUCUAUGGGAACUCCAGUAUUGAGGUCAGGAAUGAGAAAACGCACAUCAACAGUGCUGGGAAUACUUUAACGGCAGUUUGCAUUUCCAAAGUUCCAGCAUUCAAUGUUUGGGCUUCUGAUCCUGAGCAAGCAACAGAUAGAACAGUGGUCUUCACCAAAGUGCUAAUGAAUGAAGGAGACAUGUUUAACGCAUCCGAUGGAACGAUUCACUCCCAGCGGAAGGGACUAUAUUUUAUGACCUGGACAGUUCACUCAUUCAACAAUACAACCAUUCUCUCAUCACUGGUUGUAAAUGGUACACCCAUCCGUCAUCUAAAGAUGACGUCACUUCCUGACCAUCACACUGUGUCGACGUCUGUUGCUGUCCAUCAGUUAGAAGAGAAAGACAAAGUGGAAAUAAGAAUUGUAGAAGGUGAAACCGGAGAUCUAGGAGUAUACUUUUCCGGCAUUCUGAUUGCUGCUUUAGAUUAAAAGUAAAUCUAGCUAAUCUACUGGCAUCUAACUUCUAACCAUGAAAUAUUUGUGUGUGUGUGGUUUAUACUGUUUCUUGUAUCUAUUGUUCGAUGAAUGGAUGAAACACAUGUGUAAAGUAUGCAUAUCAAUAAAUCGGUUGCUGGUAUGUGUUG